UUCUCACAGCCUGGAAUCGAAAAUGAACACUUCUGUAAAAGAACACCCUCCAAGAAUAGUGUGUUGUCAAACGGCCCCUAAAGUGCUCUUCAUAUUCCUCCUAUUUCUUCACUUGUUUGAUGUUUCUACCAUCUCGAAAUUUGAUCUUCUGGUGUUCCGCAAUCGAAGCCUUAGGAGAAUGUCUUGGAUUUGUGUCAAGAAUUUACCUAAAUAUGUGGCAGACGAUCGUCUUAGAGAGUUCUUCUCUCAGAAGGGAGAAGUUACCGACGCCAAACUCAUGCGAACCAUGGAUGGUAAGAGCAGGCAAUUCGCUUUCAUCGGGUUUCGAACUGAACGAGAAGCUGAAGAAGCUCUCAAGUUCUUUAAUAACUCAUUCCUGGAUAACAGUAGACUUACAUGUGAGGUUGCUCGUAAGGUUGGGGAUCCAAAUAUGCCUCGACCAUGGGGUCGGUAUUCUGCAAUGAAACUAGAGAAAGUGGAUGAAGAGAACAAGAAAAACAUUGGUACCAAAAGCUUGAUCCAUGUAGAUACCAAGGGGAAUGUGCAGAAUUCUAAAAGUAGUGAAAAUGAUGACCCUCAGCUUCAGGAAUUUCUUCAGGUUAUGCAGCCUCGUAUUAAGUCAAAGUUGUGGGCAAAUGAUUCCAUGGGAGUUCCCCUUCUUGAACCAAAUGGUAGAGCUGGCACGAAACAGUUGGAUGAGGCAGAUGGACAACAAUCGGGUUCAAAUCAUCUUGAAUAUGAUGAAAAUGAUAAAAGAGAAAAUGGGUCAUCGAAUGCUCAUGCAGCAAAGCAGUCAGGUGAUGUGAUCAAUGAUGAGGUUGUCUCAGACAUGGAUUAUUUCAAGAGCAGAGUUAAGAGACAGUGGUCGGAUUCAGAGAGUGAUGAUGAUUCACCCAUUGAAAAAUAUGAUCAGGGUAGUAAGGAGUCAGACAUAGAGGAGCAAUGUGAUCCCAAUCAAAAUGAAGCUCCAAAAGACAUGGUUAAAAAGGAGGCCUCUUCUGAAACUGAUGGUGAAAGAGACCUGUCAUCAAGACUGAAUGAUGCAAGAGAAGAAGUUCUAGAGACUGGUCGUCUCUUUGUUCGCAAUCUUCCAUACAGCGCAACUGAGGAUGAUCUGGCAGAGCUUUUCAGCAAAUUUGGCAAUGUCUCACAGGUCCAUAUAGUAGUUGAUAAAGACACCAAGCGAUCUAAAGGAAUUGCUUACGUUCUUUAUACAAUUCCAGAAUCUGCUCUUAGGGCAUUGGAAGAAUUAGACAAUUCUAUUUUCCAAGGCAGAUUGCUGCACAUUAUGCCAGCAAAGCAACAAAAUCCUUCUGAGAAGCAACAGUCUAGUGUUGCUGCUGGUCAAGCUUCAAAAACUUUUAAGCAAAAGAGGGAGGAACAGAAGAAAGCAUCUGAAGCUAGUGGAGAUACACAAGCAUGGAACAGCUUGUUCAUGUGCCCUGAUACGGUUGUUGAAAACAUUGCCAGGACACUUGGUGUUAAGAAAAGUGAUCUGCUUGACCGUGAAGCAGAUGAUCUUGCUGUGCGUAUUGCUUUGGGAGAAACUCAAGUGAUUGCAGAGACCAAAAAGGCUCUGAAUAAUGUGGGAGUAAAUGUUGCUGCAUUGGAGGAAUUAGCUGUUGGUAAAACUGUUGGCACUGGAAGAAGUAACCAUGUUCUAUUGGUGAAGAAUUUACCUUAUGGUUCUUCUGAAGGAGAUCUUGCUAAGAUGUUUGGGAAGUUUGGGAGUUUGGAUAAAAUUAUUUUUUCUCCAACAAAAACAUUGGCACUGGUUGUUUUCCUUGAAGCAGCUGAAGCACAUGCAGCUUUCAAAGGCUUCCCCCCCCCCCCCCUUUUUGGAUGUCCAUCGUAUUUGGAAUGGGCCCCCAACGACAUUCUUAGUUUGAGUGCAACAGCGGAGACCAAGUCACAUAGUAAUGUCAUUGUUGGUGAACAAGAUGUCAAGAGAGUGUUACUAGAGCAGCGCGUGGAAGGAAUAUUGGAAGUGGAUAUGGAUCCUGAUAGAGUUGAGUCUCGAUCUCUAUUUGUCAAGAACCUAAAUUUCAAAACAUCUGACGAGGGUUUGAGAAAGCAUUUUAGUGAAAAUAUGAAGGAAAGAUCCAGAGUACCAAGUUCUGUCAUUGUGCAGAUGAAGAAGCAUCUGAAAAAUGGAACUCUCUCAAUGGCUUUUGGUUUUAUUGAGUUCGAUUCUGUAGAAACGGCGAAAAAUGUGUGCAGGGAUUUACAGGGAACUGUUUUGGAUGGUCAUGCUCUUAUUUUGCAACUUUGUCAUGCCAAGAAGGAUGGGCAAGUAGCAAAAAAAGUUGACAAUGAUAGGAGUUCAACAAAAAUAAUUGUGAGAAAUGUUGCUUUUGAGGCUACAGAGAAAGAUCUAAAGCAACUAUUUAGUCCAUUUGGCCAGAUUAAAAGCUUAAGGCUGCAAAUGAAGUUGGGAAGCCAUAGAGGCUUUGCAUUUGUGGAGUAUGUCACAAAGCAAGAGGCACAGAAUGCACUUCAAGCUCUUGCAAGCACCCAUCUGUAUGGUCACCAUCUGGUCUUGGAACGAGCAAAAGAAGGUGAGAGUUUGGAAGAAGUACAGGCUAGAACUGCUGCAUAGUUCAAUGGUGAGGAAAAUGGGUUUCAGAACCCAAUGAAGUUGUCCAAGAACAGGAAACAGUUGGCUGUUGUUGAUGAAGGCAGUGUUAAGUUUCAAAGAAUUGCAGAUUAGUGCUUCAUAAAAUUUUGUAGAAUAGAAGUCUAAAAGCUAAAAUGAGUUGUCUCAUCGAUCACAGUAGUUACUAUUCAUGUACGAGUUAUUUAGGUGAAAGCAGCUACUCCCAGUUUUCGUGUUUGGGAGUCUCAUGAUUGUUAAUCUCUCUCUCUAUCGUUCUUUAA